UUUGCUCCCACAACUAUCCAUUAACCGCAUGGACCCACUUUCACAGGUGUUUUCCUUGAAGUGGAAUAACCAUCGGACAAACAUGAUAAAUGUUAUGGAACGCCUUCUUAACUCAGAGAUGUUCUGUGACGUGACUAUAGCUUGUGAAGGAGGAUCUAUAAAAUGCCAUAAAAUUGUUCUCUCCGCCUCCUCGGCUUAUUUCGAGAAACUUUUCCUAGAAAAUACUUGUGAACAUCCGAUCGUCUUUCUUAAGGAUGUUAAAGAGCAGCAGAUGAAAGCUAUUAUUGAGUACAUGUAUCGAGGAGAUGUAUCUAUCUCCCAGGAUGAACUCCCUGCUCUUCUCCGGGUAGCAGAGCUUCUCAAGGUUAAGGGUAUGAUGGAGGAGAGGAGAGAGUGCAAGGAUCUAUCCCGCCCUAAAACCUCCUCCCCUGCCCCCACCCCUCCCUCCUCAACACCAACCACCUCCCCACGGGCAGAACGGCUAUCCCACCCUCCCACAUCCCAUCCUAUUCACACCCCUACCUCAAUUCCCCAGGGACAUAUGGGACAUAAUUUCCGCCCCUUCCUGACACCCCCAGGACAGGGAUCAACGCCUCCCUUCCCUAUGUGGCCCCUGCCGGGCCUGUUCCCCACCCAGCACAACAUGUUCUCACAGAGGGAGGACAUGAAACCUCUUAUUCCAGGACCGAAGGAUCGGACUAAAGUCAGUAGCGGGGGUUCAGGCGAGAAGGAUAUUUCAUCCCUGCCUCCCUUGGUACCUAGAGAAGGUAUAGAUGAUAAGAACUGCUAUGAGAGACAGUGCGGGUCCCCAGAUGAGAGAAUGUAUGAUAAAUCUCCCAAACCUUCUCCAUAUGAACAUGGAGGAAUAGGAAAACUUGAAGGUAUAGCUGGUUAUGUACCAACCCAACGCUUGGAAUGGAAAAGAUACAAACAGUACACAAGAUCAGAUAUUAUGGCUGCCAUAGAAGAAGUUAAAAAAGGAAAAUCAGCUCUACAGGUUUCCAAGAAGUUUAAUAUCCCCAGCCGGACUCUAUAUGACAAGGUAAAAAAGAUGGGUAUUACAACAGGGAGACAACAGCAAAGGAAAUCAAUGGGUGGAACUUUUAACGCGUACUCUGCCGCCUUCCCCGGCAUGAACAUGAUGAGCCCCUUGAGCAGGUUGGACGGACUUAAUAUGGAUAAUCCAUACAAGGAUUUAAUGGAUCGGAUGAAAGAGGCACGAGAUGAAGAAGAGAGGGAGGGGAGGGAGGGAGAGGGGAACACUCACCCUCCCUUUAACAUAUUGUCCCCUCACAUGCUGAACAUGAUGGAGAGGAUGAAGGGUGAGGGAGAAACAAGUCCCAUGAACCUCAGCUCAGAGAGAGAUGAGAAACCAAGGAUAUCAGAUGGCAGUAUCCCACAGUCCCCCAGCCCUAGUUCUGCCGAGCUCACCUCCCCCAGCAACCCCCAGACCUCCCCUGGGGAGUAUAAUCCUACCUCAGAUCAUAGAUCCCACUCCCCUCCACCCAUAGAUAUCCAUGCACAAUUCCUGGCCGGACUCCGUCAUCUAGGAGACCACCGUCCCUCCUCUCCUAUAGAAGCAGAACAUAGUAGAGCUGGAUACACCAGUCCACAGGACAAUCUUCCACCACGUAAACGCAAAGUCUCUCAGGACCAUGACAGAUCCAAGAUGUCGUCUUUACAUGAAAAAAUGGCUUCUUUGCCAGAAAAGAUGGCGGACAUGAACGGUUUACACGAGAGAGACCGGAAUAUGGCUCCGGUUAACUGACACGGGCCUCAAGGUCAUAUUGACCUAGACAUUGACCAACCUCUUAACCUGCAGGUUCGGAGGUCGGACUUGAGAACCUCAAGGGCUUGCACUUAAUCCAUAAACAAUUAAAGGACCUUUAGGAUCCGUCAUAAUCUAAUCUAAUGAGAGAGAAUUAAAAGUCUGAUUAUUAAAUGUAUACUGUAUAAGACUGAGCUAAUUACUUGUCAAUGAAACAAUAGUUCUCACUAAAACAACUUAAUAAAUUAUAGUUUAUCUAUGAGAAAUAAGACUGCAACCAAUACUUGUGUGUUUAAGACUGAGUUUAGUCACAUAAAUGUAAAAAGACUGAUCUAUAUUAUAUUGUUAAAACCAUGCUUUGGUAAUUCAUCUCUUAAUGUACAAACAUGUUAAACCUGUUCUUUAAUUAAAUUUGUUUAAAGUAUAAAAAUAUCCAUAUUCCUUUUAAACUUAUAUGAUCAGUAGAUUCAUAGAGCUGCACAAACUAAUCAAUUAAAAUACGUUUUAUCCAAUAGUUGAAUAUUUUAAAACUUUUUAACAAAAAAUAUUGGAUUCGUGUCUUUUGCACGAACCUUCUGUUUUGAAUGUAUGAACGUAAAGGUAUGACAGGAUGGGUCAAUAUUAUCUUGAUAAUCUCCCCCCCCCCCUCCUGUUUCAAUGUCUGUGAUUGUUUCUCAUCAAUAUUGUGAUAUGUUUAAGCGUUGAGACUGUGUAGCUGUUGGAUGAAAAUCCAUUAAUUUAUCUAAAAUACUAUUUUUUAGUUUGUGUUUUAACAAUAAUGAGUGUUUAUAACACUCCAGUGUAUUUUUAACAAUAAUGAGUGUAUAUAACACCAAGUUGUGUUUAUAACACUAAAGUGUUUAUAUAACACGGGGUGUGUGUAACACUAAACUGUUUAUAUCACACGGUGUGUGUGUAACACUAAAGUGUUUAUAUAACACGGUGUGUGUGUAACACUAAACUAUUUAUAUAACACGGGGUGUGUGUAACACUAAACUGUUUAUAUAACACGGGGUGUGUGUAACACUAAACUAUUUAUAUAACACGGGGUGUGUGUAACACUAAACUGUUUAUAUAACACGGGGUGUGUGUAACACUAAACUGUUUAUAUAACACGGGGUGUGUGUAACACUUAAAGUGUUAAAUAUGACACUAACUAGCGUUAUAAAACUAAUGUGUGUUUAUUAAACUGAUGUUUGUUUAUAAAACUAAUGUGUGUGUUUAAACACUCCUGUUCGGUUAUAAACACUCCUGUGUGUUUGUAACACCACUAUAUCUGUUGAGGAAUGAAAUCUAUUCCUAGUCCAGUCGUAUCGAUGAAUUAAACUGGUGAAAGAUGAAUGUAACCAAAAAAGUGUGGAAGAACUAGACAACUAGUCCUCUGCAUACAAAUCUGGUGAUUAACCUUCGACUAGAAUAUAAUUUCUUACCAAUUAAUCAAUGUUAUUCUUGUGAGAAAAAAAUCAUUAAAAACUCUUUUUUUUCUGAAAAGUCAAUGAAAUGGUAAAAUGUAAUAAUAUUUCUAACUAAUAUAUUCAAGGUAGCAAAAAGUUCUAAAAAGACGGAAAGGUUUAAAUUCUUAGAUGGAGAUGUAGUAAAUUUUAUAAAACUGAACAAAAUAACGUACUAAACCUUGAAGUUAUAUAAAUGGUUAUAUAAAUAAUAAAAUAUUUUAUAUAAGAUUUUAACAUUUCAUUGUAACUCAUAAAAAUAUACUUGCCAUAUUCAAUUGGGUUGAUGACACCCUGAAAAAAAUUCUUAAGAAUUUUAUCAACUUUGAGUUUUCCUGAUUAUUUAGUUUUGCUCAGUCAAUAGCAAAUUAUAAACUUUGAAUUUCUUAUUUUUUUUCAUUAUAAAACUUUGUAAUUUUGUUCUGUUGAUUGUGUGUGAUGGGUGUACACAGAUUGUACAUGAUCAUAAAACUGUUGUAAUACCACGCUAAAUAUGUUCUUGUUCUUUGUACGGUUCAUGUACACUGUACAUGUAGUAUUCACUGUAAAACCUAGAUAGAUAAAUAUUAUAUAUGUAUUUAA